AUGUUUGUGGAAAGUUUUAAAUUAUCUGGGGAUCUCAACAGGCAUUGUUUAAUACAUACUGGUGAUCGGCAACACAAAUGUACUGUUUGUGGCAAAUCCUUUACUCAAUUCACUAACCUGAGGAGGCAUAACUCAGUACAUACCGGCGAGAGUCCACACAAAUGUGGCAUGUGUGGAAAAUCGUUUACUAGGUCUGCAGGACUUAAGAAGCAUUAUCUACUACAUUCAGGUGAGAAGCCACACAAGUGUGACCUGUGUGGCAAAACGUUUAGUAUGUCUGACGGACUCAGGAAACACCAAUUAAUACAUACUGCUGAAAAAGUGUACAAAUGUGAAGUUUGUGCGAAACGUUUCUUAAGGGCUGGUGAACUGAAACAGCAUAGACUAGUACAUACUGGAGAGAGGCCAUACAAAUGUACUGUUUGUGGAAAAUCAUUUGCCGAGUCUGGAAAUCUCGGAAGGCACGUAUUAACACAUACUGGCGAGAAACGACACAAAUGUCUCGUCUGUGGAAAAUCCUUUACUGUGUCUAGUCAACUUAAAAGGCAUUCGCUAAUACAUGCUGAAUAAAGUCUGUACUGAUAUUGUGUUUGUUGAUGAGAUUUAGUUAGCAUUGGUAGUCUUAAGUGCUAUGUAGUUGUUGGAGCACAGGAAAAUGUCGGGAAUUUGAUUUUUGUAAAAAUAUUGUUUCCUGUCUGACUGAAGUUCAAUGCAGUUUUUUACAAGGGAUACACGCUCUACAAAAGCAUGACACUGAGUUAAACCAUUUCACUAAUCACCAAGCUGCACAUUCUGCAGAGAGGCUACACAUGUAGUAGUGUUUGUUGCACUUCUUAUCAAUUUCUCAUGGCCCACAUUGUUAUUGAAACCAACUGUGUAUAUAUAUUCUGUAUUGAGCCCAAAGUUUUAUAUGAUAAAGCAGUUCUAAUUAAUACAAGGGGCUCAGAGAUCUCAUUGUAUGAAAUAUGUUUGCUUGAGGCAACUUAAUUGUAUGUUUUUAACAGUGUACACUGAAAUACACCUGUAUCAUAAUAAAGUGGAAAUUUGUAAAUCUGUGUCUGUUCAGAAAUCAUAAUGUGUGAUGUCUUCAAAUUUUACUGCUGGUAGAAUUACAGAUAUAUGAGUU